AUGGCUGAGCAGCAAGUCCCAACCUUCAAGCUCGUCCUUGUCGGUGACGGUGGUACUGGAAAGGCAAAACUUCAACUAACCUCAAAAUUUCUCUCUUCACAGACCACUUUCGUCAAGCGCCACCUUACUGGUGAAUUCGAAAAGAAAUACAUCGCUACUCUCGGUGUCGAGGUUCACCCCGUCGGUUUCACCACUAACUUGGGCGAUAUCAAAUUCGACGUGUGGGAUACCGCUGGUCAAGAGAAAUUCGGUGGUCUGAGAGAUGGGUACUACAUCAACGGACAGUGCGGUAUCAUCAUGUUCGAUGUUACCUCCCGUAUCACCUACAAGAACGUUCCCAACUGGCACCGUGACCUCGUCCGUGUCUGCGAGAACAUCCCCAUUGUCCUCACCGGUAACAAGGUCGAUGUCAAGGAGCGUAAGGUGAAGGCCAAGACCAUCACCUUCCACCGCAAGAAGAACCUCCAAUACUACGACAUCUCCGCGAAGUCCAACUACAACUUCGAGAAGCCCUUCCUGUGGCUCGCCAGGAAAUUGGUUGGCAAUGCCGCUCUGGAAUUCGUUGCUGCUCCCGCCCUUGCACCUCCUGAGGUGCAGGUCGAUACCCAACUCGUUGCAACAUACGAGGCAGAGAUGCAAGCGGCUGCCGCUCAGCCCCUCCCCGAUGAGGAAGACCCCGACCUCUAGAUCAUCACUGAUCGGAGAGGGUUUUGGAUCGGACCACGGGUCAUACCCCUAUGCCCGUCGUCCAACUCCAAUAGAACGAACACAACUUGGAACGUUUAUGCACGCAAAGUCUCAAAUCACGAUACAAUGAUAAGCGGUCGGUGGAAUUGGUCUGAGCAGGGCUGGCAUGAUAUUUGCUUUGAUUUUCCUUUUCUUUUUCCCUCCAUUCAAUAUUUACCACUAGUAGUCUAGACUCCAUUCCUACACCGAAAGUUUAUAUGAGAAAAAAAAAUCGCAGCUAUUUCAGUUGUCGGGAAGAAAAGUUUCUUCAUCUAUUACUCUUCAUCUUUGCAGUUCUUUUUUAAAACUUGACCUGCCGGAAACUCAAGUGCUCAUUCACACACUGCUAUGUUAUCAUGGAAGCAGGGAUGAAAAUAAGAGUGUAUAUAGAUACAAACGGUCAGAUUAAUUAAUGCGCAGGAACUAUAAAAACCACAGUAAACGAUUUACCCG